GCACAACAAGUUUUUACCUAGGCCUGUCAGGAAGAGAGAAACAAGAAGGCAAAGUUGGGGGCGUGUCGCAUGGGCGCCACCAUCUUGGAUGAUGACGUAGAAGUGUCUUACCCUAUGCGCAUGUCUCGCAGCGGCUGAAGAGAACAAUGGAAACUAUCCGUCCGUAUAACUUUGAACCUGUUCGAAACGCUGGAGAUAUGUCAGAAAGUGAUUCUGGCGGUAGCGACGACGAUGACCAAACACUUCAUGUCCCUGAUACGCGUACGGAACGACUAGAAAACACGGACUGGUGUACUUGUGGUUUGUGUAUCGUCAUGCCGAGCAUUACAGAAUGCAUCUGCUGCAAGGAAGUCGAUGCUCUGAGCUGGAGACUUCAUGGCGUGAGAUGUGCGACAGCGCAUGACAGUUUUCACACUGUCUGCUUGCACUAUGAAGUUCUACGCACAGCGGUAGGUGUCAUGAACGUCUCUCCAGGCUCCAUUACAGAACUUCUUACGGCCAGGCUUUUGAGACUGGCGGCUUACCGCCAAUUUACUCACUGGGCUCACGAGAUGUUGGGGAGAGGUGUACGAAUAGUCAUACCAUCGUGUGUGGUGUCUGCCGUACGCAGAGCGUUUCCAGAAGAGAGUGGGCGCUAUGUUGGGUUUAGAGAUGCUAAUGAUUCUCAGUGAUGUAUUAGCUAACAAAUUAAUAUGUAGUUGACACAAACAACUGAAGACCUUGUAACUGAAUAACUGGAAACUGGACUAAUACUUCUAAUUGAAUCGAGUACUAGUUCUACGUAUAAUCUCUUCUUUGGGAGGCUGUUUGUGCCCAGCUAUAUUUUUGGGUAAGUCCACUGGUGGAGCUUUAGCUUUGUGGUGCCUUAUGGGUGUGUGCUCCAUUGAUCUUCUCUUCAGCACCGACGUUGAAAUUUCGUGGAGGUAUUGAUACGAUUUUGUCUCAGCUAUAGGUUUUGCUACCCAGGCUUUGGUAGCUUUAGGAAAUACAACUUUAUACCUCUUGAUUCCUUUACUUGUUGUUGCUUGUUCUCGAUCAAUGUUGUAAUUAUGGUCCAGAGCAGCCAGCUGUAUUCUUGUCAUCAUACCCUUAUACCCCAAAUGCUGCCUUUUAGGACAGUACUUUGUGAGAAGUGAGUGAAACACUUCUAGCAUGCCUGUGUGACAAAAUUUGGUGAGCUUUGGUAUGUCUUUUAGUAAAUUUAGUAAACAGCCUGCACAUUACAUAAAAUUCUUAACUUCCUAGUUUGUACUAUAGAAGCGUGGAUUGUUUUACGUGAACAUGCUGUCGUCGCUUGCCUGUCACCCUCGUUGAUGUACUGCUUACAAAAGAGAAGAGUGUUGGAACAGCGUUGGGCUUCAGGCACACCCUUUGUUUUGUUCCUAAGAGCUCUGCUUGUAAAUCUCGCUCAAAGCAGUCGGAGUGGAAGUGCUCCGUACACACACGACUGUUCUGUGACAAGGGCGGAUCCUUCAGACGAAGCUUGGACAACCACUCUUUCAGCAAUGGUUUGUUCUUAAGUGGUAAUCGAUAGAAACGCACACCACGCUGUCUGUCCUUAUCUUUAUUAUUACAGCCGUACGCAAUGCAAUACACCAUCCUACGCAAGAUUUGCCUACGCAGUAAUGUACACAUGCGCGAAGGUAAGACACUUCUACGUCAUCAUCCAAGAUGGUGGCGCCCAUGCGACACGCCCCCAACUUUGCCUUCUUGUUUCUCUCUUCUUGACAGGCCUAGGUAAAAACUUGUUGUGCCAAUGAAGUUGUGGCAACUAGUACUUUGAUUAAAGAUUAACUUGUAUUAGCGUGGGAGUUCUC